AUGAAGAGCCUACCUAUAUUGCUCACGGCCUCCGCCGUCGCUGGCGCCACAGCUUCUUCCUUCUCCGAUAAGCAUGCUGAACGCGCGGUCAGCAACGCCCCCGACGGUUACGUCCCCACCGCGGUCGACUGCCCCGACGACCGUCCCACCAUCCGCAACGGUACCAGCCUCUCUCAGAAGGAAAAGGAGUGGCUGCUCAAGCGUCGCAACGAGACGAUAACCCCGAUUCGCGACUUCCUCAAGCGCGUCAAUAUUGCCGACUUCAACAGCACCGCGUACCUCAGCAGCGUCGAGGAAGAUGCCACGGCCCUGCCCAACAUUGGCCUCGCUUUCUCCGGCGGUGGCUACCGUGCCAUGCUGACCGGUGCCGGCGCCUUUGCUGCUCUCGACGACCGUUCGCCGGGAAGCCAGACGACGGGCAACCUUGGUGGUCUGGUGCAGAGCGCGACCUACAUCUCCGGUCUGUCGGGUGGUGGCUGGCUCGUCGGUAGCCUCUACGUCAACAACUUCACCACUGUUGAGGACAGUUUGAGCAACGGCGCUGUCUGGGAGCUGCAGGACUCUAUCCUCGAGGGCCCCGAACAAUACGCCCUGUACGACUACUACUCCUCCAUCUUCGACGACGUCAGCGACAAGGAAGAUGCGGGAUUCCAGCGAUCCGUCACCGACUACUGGGGUCGCAUGCUGUCGUACCAGCUGGUCAACGCCUCGCACGGCGGCCCCGGUGUGACGUUUUCCUCCAUCGCCGAGGACUCCGACUUCAGUGCGGGCAAGGCGCCGAUGCCCUUCCUCGUCGCCGUGGGCCGCCAGCCCGGACAGCAGAUCGUGUCCAUCAACUCGACCGUCUUCGACUUCAACCCGUGGGAGCUGGGGUCGUUUGACCCGACGCUGCGGGGUUUCGUGCCGCUCGAAUGGGUUGGCUCCAACUUCACCGACGGCGAGAUCCCCGAUGACGGGCAGUGUGUGCGCGGCUUCGACAAUGCCGGCUUCGUCAUGGGCACGUCGAGCAGUCUGUUCAACCAGAUUGUCCUGUACCUCAACAACAAGGACAGCGGCUACGUGCCCGAUGACGUGCCUGACUUCGUCGUCUCGGCCAUCACCGACGUGCUCGAGUACUUUGGCAACGACAAUGACGACAUUGCCGACUGGACGCCCAACCCCUUCCAGGGAUGGAACGAAGCCGAGAACUACGACGCCAACCUGACGCGCCUGACCCUCGUUGACGGUGGCGAGGACUCCCAAAACAUACCCUUCCAUCCGCACCUCUUUGGGGAGCGCGCCGUCGACGUCAUCCUAGCCUUUGACAACUCGGCCGACACGGAGCUCGGCUGGCCCCAGGGCAUCUCAGCCGUCGCCACCUACGAGCGCUCUCUCGACGAAAUCUCCGAGGGCACCGGCUUCCCCGUCGUCCCCGGCAAGGACACCUUUGUCAACCUCGGUCUCAACGCCCGCCCCACCUUCUUCGGAUGCGACUCAUCCAACACCUCCGUCGCGUCGCCGCUCAUUGUCUACAUUCCCAACUACCCUUACGUCUACAACUCCAACACAUCCACCUUCCAAACCUCGUACAACGAGACCGAGCAGGAUGCCAUGGUCCAGAAUGGCUGGGCCGUCGCCACGCAGCUCAACGCCACCCGCGACGAGCAGUGGCCCGUGUGCGUCGGCUGCGCCAUCCUCUCCCGCUCUUUUGACCGCACCAACACCACCGUUCCCCAGGCCUGCGAGGAUUGCUUCAACUCGUACUGCUGGAACGGCACCAUUGAUGAGUCAGAGCCUGCCACCUACGCUCCUUCCAUCUAUGGCGACGCCGUCAAUGUUCAGGAGGGGGCUGCCUCUGCUCUGGAGGGACAGAGCUCUGUUGCCCUUGUCGUCGCUGGUCUUGCCGCCUCGGCUAUCAUCAUGGGUCUUUAA